AUGCGAGAUGGGCAGCACGCCGCAGCGAGAUUGGCCUAUAGCGACGAAAUCGACCCGAGCAUCAGCAUCAAGGAGCUAAUCGAGAGCAUCAACUCGGUUCCAGAGGCUGCCUAUAUCAUGCACCACAUCGUCCAAUUUGCCACAGAUCAGGCGACGACCGCUACGAGGGCAACCGCACAGCAAAAGGAGGCUGAGGCGAGGAUCAUGCAACUUGAGCAGCAGACGUUCAUCAACGAGCAGCUGCUGGAGAGCGUCAUCAUUGAUCAUAAUUUGGAUGACUACGAUCACAAAAUUCGACGUCGUGCGACGACCGCUGAAGAGCUACUGUACCCCAACGACGAUCCCUCCGAGUCGCUCCACUCGAAUGCCAGUGACGGCCAGCUGUCCGAUCGUCAGAGGAGGAAAAACAAGAAAGGCGAGAUCGUGGCGGCAAAGGACCGAGGCACCGGGAAGCUACUCCGAACAGCCAUUCUGGACGGCCAUGCAAAACCUGUACUUGCUGUUGAUGGGCUGGAGAACUUGCUGGUGACCGGGUCGAAAGAUCGACUGGCCAAGCUCUGGGACCUGGAGCAGGGUCAGGAAGUGGCUACGCUUGGAAUUCACCCUAACAAUGUCCAUGCUGUCAAACUCGUACCCAACUCGCACCUGGCCGUCACCGCCUCCAUGUACCAGAUGCGGAUCUGGGAUUUGAGAGAAAACAAAUGCGUCCGAUUAUUCCAGAGCAGCGGGCAGGUCGUAGAAGGUGACGGAGGCCCAAUCGGUUCUCGCCAGAAUACCGUUCCAUUCCUGGAGACCGUAGUCAAUGCGAUUGAUAUCGACCCAAGUGGAGAACUUCUGCUUUCCGCUUUUGGCGGAGAUGUUCGGGUUUGGAGUCUAUCAAAGAUGGCAUCAUUUGGACGAUUGGUCGGAGCUGCGCAUAGUCCGCGCUCGGAGGUCUCCUGCCUGUCCGUCGCUUUGGAUACGGAGAGGAAUGUAUGCAACGUCUUCACCGGAUCUCGUGAUCAUUAUGUGAAAAUGUACACAAUCCCAACGACCGGCGAGGGGAUACACGAAGCAAAGGUCGAAUUCAACCCGCCCCACUACGACAACGUCACGUGUAUCGUUUCGGACGAGAAGCACCUAUUCACCGCCAGCAAAGAUAUGAACAUCAUGAAAAUCAAUCUGCUCGACUACAAACGUGAUCAUCUCGAGCUGAAGGCGCAUAAUGGAUACGUUCAGGGAAUGUGCAAAGUCCCGUUCCCCAAUGAAACCCUGCUCGCCUCCGUCUGCAAGGAGGGCCACCUCAAGCUCUGGGAAACUGAGUCGACGAGGAGGUUGAAACUGGUGGACACGAUCGAGAAAGCUCAUCAAGAUUCGAUCAACAGCAUCUGCUACUCCUCGGGCCUCGUGUUUACGGCUUCCAGUGAUACUACAGUAGCCGUGUGGCGCCCGAAUACGACACUCGUCAGC